UUCUGGGAGCGGAUCAAGCUGUACAUGAUGCCCCCCAAACACCAGCCGGACUUCUCCUUCCUGCGCCACGUCCCCCUGAGACGAGUUCACCUCUUCACUCUGGUUCAGAUCAUCUGCCUCGCCGUGCUCUGGAUCCUCAAGUCCACCUUCCUCGCCAUCAUCUUCCCCGUCAUGAUCCUGGGUCUGAUGGUGGUGCGGAAGCUUCUGGAUCUCAUGUUCUCUCAGCACGACCUCGCCUGGAUGGACGACCUCCUGCCCGACAAAGACAAGAAGAAGGACGACGACAAGAAGAAGAAGAAGAAGAAGAAGACGGUGGUGGAGCAGCCCGACAGCGACGAGGAG